AUGCAUCUUUACAAUGCUUGGCUCCCUCCACCUGUCGCCGAGGAGUCCAAGAAGGAAGCCGACUCCUUCUCCCGGGUCGUCUCCUCCGUCAAAAGCUCCUACCGCUCCGAUGACCCGGAUUCAGUCUAUUCAACUCUCAAAUGGGUCUCCGUCAUUGACCUUUUCGUCAAGGCAAAGAGUGAAGUGGCUAUGGAGGAUGUAACUGGACUGAUUGAAUUUGGGUUGGAGUUGUUUCGUGUUUCGGACAACAAGCUUUAUGCCCAGGUUAGGUGGGGGAAUAUCCUGGUGAAGUUACUCAACAAGUAUAGGAAGAAGCUGUCGUUGAAGGUAAAGUGGCGUCCUUUGUAUGAUACUCUGAUUCAUACACAUUUCAGUAGGAAUACAGGUCCUGAAGGCUGGAGAUUGAGACAACGACAUUUUGAGGCUACUACUUCUCUUGUUCGGUCUUGCCGGAAGUUCUUUCCACAAGGCUCUGCCGUUGAGAUAUGGUCUGAGUUUAGAUCAUUGUUGGAAAAUCCGUGGCAUAAUUCAGCCUUUGAGGGAUCUGGGUUUGUUAGACUGUUUCUUCCUACAAACUCAGAGAACCAGGAAUUCUUUACACAUGAUUGGAUCAAGGAGUUAAUGCACCUUUGGGACUCGAUACCGAACUGCCAAUUUUGGAACAGUCAAUGGACAGCUAUCAUAGCUCGUGUUGUAAAGAACUACAGACGUAUUGAUUGGGAGGGUUACUUGCCUACACUUUUCACUAGAUACUUAAAUAUGUUUGAGGUUCCUGUUGCAAAUGGAAGUGGAUCCUAUCCCUUUUCUGUGGAUGUUCCGAGAAACACAAGGUUCUUGUUCUCCAAUAGAACAGUUACCCCAGCAAAGGGCAUUGCAAAGUCAAUAGUCUAUCUAUUAAAACCUGGUAGCUCGGUGCUGGAGCACUUCGAAAAAUUGGUCAACCUUUUAGAACAAUAUUACCAUCCUUCUAACGGUGGGCGAUGGACUUACUCAUUAGAGCGUUUUUUGCUUCAUUUGGUAAUUUCAUUCCAGAAGCGCUUACAGAAUGAACAAUUGUAAGAAUUGCUUUGCUAGGUUGAGCAUUUUGUUCUCAAUACUCGAUAUCUAGGAAGAUCAGAAAGGCAAUUCUUUGUUAAAGUAGUGCUGAAGUUAAUUGAUCGGGGUCAGUAUAGCAAGAAUGAACAUCUUUCUGAGACAGUGGCUGCUGCAACUUCAAUUUUAUCUUACGUGGAGCCUUCUCUAAUCCUUCCUUUUGUUGCAUCUCGCUUUCAUAUGGCAUUGGAGACGAUGACUGCCACCCACCAGUUGCAAGUUGCUGUGAUGUCGGUAGCAUUUGUUGGACGUUCACUAUUCCUCCAGUCCUUGUCGACCUCUACAGUAAAACCAAUGGAUGUUGAUAGUGGUGAAUCUGGUGAUGAGUUCAUUGAGUUACUCAUGGUUUCGUUAUCCAAUGCAUUACUUGGUAUGGAUGCCAAUGAUCCUCCUAAAACCUUGGCAACAAUGCAGUUGAUUGGUUCUAUAUUUUCCAAUAUGUCUUCAUUGGAUGAUGAGGUGUCAGUCAUGCCAAUGAUUCGCUUUUCUGAAUGGUUGGAUGAGUUCUUCUGUCGCUUAUUUUCCUUGCUUCUACACUUGGAACCAAGCAGUGUUACGAACGAAGGCUUGCAUUCAUCAGCAACAUCAGGAACUUUUCUGGUUGAGGAUGGUCCAUACUACUAUUGCAUGCUUGAAAUCUUGUUUGGACGACUCUCAAAACCCCUCUAUAAUCAGGCUUUGAAGAAGAUAUCCAAGUUUGUCAAGACAAAUAUACUUCCAGGGGCAAUUGCUGAGGUUGGACUGCUUUGUUGUGCAUGUGUUUAUUCAAACCCGGAAGAAGCAGUUACUCAACUGAUCGAGCCAAUUUUACUAUCUGUUAUAUCAUCUUUAGAAGGAACACCGUCUACAGGAUUUGGAGGUAGAGGAAUACGCGAUGCUUCAGUUUCAACCAAGGCUAAACCAACAAUUUCUCCAGCUCUUGAAACAGCAAUUGAUUAUCAAUUGAAAAUACUAUCGGUUGCCAUAAGUUAUGGAGGUCCCGCUCUUCUGCGAUACAAGGAUCAGUUCAAAGAGGCUGUUGUUUCUGCUUUUGAAUCUCCAUCCUGGAAGGUUAAUGGAGCUGGUGAUCAUCUUCUUCGGUCUCUUCUUGGAAGCUUGGUUCUUUAUUAUCCUAUUGAUCAGUACAAGUGUAUUUUGCGUCACCCUAAUGCUUCUGCAUUAGAGGAAUGGAUCAGCUCAAAAGAUUAUUCAGACGAUAAACCAUUGGUGGGCCCUAAAUGGCAUAUCUCUAGUGCUGAAGAAGUUAAGUUUGCAAAUGAACUUUUGGACCUUCAUCUGCGGUCGGCUUUGGAUGAUCUCCUGAGGAUAUGUCACACUAAAGUACAUUCUGAUCCAGGUGAUGAGAAAGAGCACUUAAAAGUGACUCUUUUGCGUAUAGAUUCUUCAUUGCAAGGUGUUUUGACAUGCUUGCCUGACUUCACCCCAUCAUCCAGGAAUGGAACUGUUGAAAGUCCAAAUCAUGGUUCCUUUUUGAUAGCUGGAGCAACAGGUUCAACCGUGGGCAGCACUAAAUUGCGGGAAAAAGCUGCUGAGAUUAUACAUGCAGCUUGCAAGUAUUUACUUGAGAAAAAAUCAGAUGACAGCAUCCUCUUGGUCCUCAUAAUUCGCAUUAUGGACGCUUUAGGAAAUUAUGGAAGUAUGGAGUAUGAUGAAUGGGCCAAUCACAGGCAGGCAUGGAAAUUGGAAUCUGCUGCCAUAAUAGAGCCUUCAAUAAAUUUUAUUGUCUCAGCUCACUCUAAAGGGAAGAGAAGGCCGCGGUGGGCACUCAUUGAUAAGGCAUUCAUGCACAAUACUUGGAGAUCAUCCCAGUCGUCCUAUCAUAUAUUUCGAACUAACGGGAAUUUCGGUCCACCAGAACAUGUGAAUAUUUUGGUGGAUGAUCUUCUAAAUCUCUCUUUGCAUAGCUAUGAAACUGUUCGAAUACUUGCCGGGAAAUAUCUUUUAAAAAUGAUAAAGAGAUGGCCAUCUAUGAUUUCAAAGUGUGUUCUCUCUCAUACUGAGAACUUACGAAACCCCAAGGCACCAGAAUAUGCAGUGCUUGGUUCUUGCGCAGUCCUUGCUACCCAAACAGUUCUCAAGCAUUUGACAAUGGACCCGAAGUCAUUCUCUUCAUUUAUCCUUGGAAUUCUUUCAAGCUCUCACCAUGAAUCACUGAAAACCCAGAAGGCUAUCAACGAGCUCUUUGUCAAAUACAACAUUCACUUUGCCGGAGUGUCGAGAAUCUAUUUCAAGUCAUCGGAGAAUCAUGGUGAUGCACCAGAUUUUGCAGAUUUGGUUUCUCAGAUCAGUUCUAUGAGUUUUGAUUCUGUGGGCUUGCAUUGGAGGUACAAUCUGAUGGCUAAUAGGGUUUUACUGCUGUUGGCUAUGGCAUCUAGGAAUGACCCAAAUUCCUCCUCCAAAAUUCUGAGUGAAACUGCUGGGCACUUCUUAAAGAAUUUAAAAAGUCAGCUUCCUCAGACAAGGAUACUAGCAAUCUCAGCUCUAAAUACGCUAUUAAAAGAAUCACCUUAUAAACUGUCAGACAAAAAACAGAGUUUUCCCUCAGAGAAUUUGCAAGGAGGUAGAAAAUCGUCUCUUGAAGGAGAAUUAACCCAAAUAUUUCAGGAAGAUGGAUUUUUCAGUGAGACUUUGAAUAGUCUUUCUCACGUUCAUAUAAUUUCUGAUACUGAAAGCAGUUCUAGGGGCAAUCAUGGGAGUUCUUCAUUUCAAAGCCUAGCAGACAAAUCAAUCACCCGCUUUUAUUUUGACUUUACCUCUUCAUGGCCACGCACUCCAACUUGGAUAUCUUUAUUAGGCAGUGACACCUUUUACUCAAACUAUGCGAGAAUUUUCAAGCGGCUAUUACAAGAAUGUGGUAUGCCUGUUCUAGUGGCACUGAAAAGUUCACUGGAGGAGUUCUCAAAUGCCAAAGAGAGGUCCAAGCAGUGUGUUGCUGCUGAAGCAUUCGCUGGAAUAUUGCAUUCUGAUGUUAAUGGUAUCUCAGAAGCAUGGGAUGAUUGGAUGGCGGUCCAGUUGCAGAACAUAAUCCUAGCACAGUCAGUAGAAUCAAUACCCGAGUGGACAGCCUGCAUACGUUAUGCGGUUACUGGAAAAGGAAAAUAUGGAACUACAGUUCCUCUUUUGAGACAACCAGUACUCGAUUGUCUGGCAGCACCUUUACCAGGAACAGUCACUACCACUGUAGUUGCCAAGCGCUAUGCUUUUCUUUCAGCAGCCCUUGUAGAACUAUCUCCCCAGAAAAUGCCGUUAUCUGAAAUCCAACUCCACUAUAGACUUCUGGAGGAGUUGCUCGGUAAUAUGUGCCAUUCAUCCGCCCAAGUAAGAGAAGCUAUAGGUGUUGCCCUUUCUGUGUUGUGUUCUAACAUUCGGCUUUAUGAGUCAUUUGAUCAUGAUGGUUCACAUGAGAGUGCAAGCAAAGGUCUUGGCAACCAAUUUGAUGGGAGAAGUUGGGUUCUGUUUCUUAAAGAGCGAGCGUCAGAAGUGGUAAUAAAUAUUCAGAAUACCACCCAAUCUGACAAUUUGGAAACCCCAGAAAAUAAUACUCCUGAAAAUGGGCAUUUAAAUGGCGAUUCACAAGCAGAUGUCAAAUGGAUGGAAACGCUUUUCCAUUUUAUCAUCUCAUCUUUGAGGUCUGCGCGAUCAUCAUAUCUGGUGGAUGUAAUUGUGGGAUUUCUUUAUCCUGUGAUAUCAUUGCAGGAAACUUCAAGUAAAGAACUGUCAACCUUGGCCAAGGCAGCUUUUGAAUUGCUAAAAUGGAGGGUUUUUUGGGGACCUCAUCUCCAGGAGGCUGUAUCUGUGAUUCUUUCUUCUGCCAAUGACCCUAACUGGCGGACUAGAUCUGCAACGUUGACGUUUCUGCGGACUUUUAUGUACAGGCACACUUUCAUUCUCUCAAUUGGGGAGAAACAACAAAUUUGGAGAACUGUUGAAAAGUUACUUGUGGACAACCAAGUUGAGGUAAGAGAACAUGCUGCAGCUGUUUUAGCAGGCCUAACAAAGGGUGGUGAUGAAGAUCUAGCAAAGGACUUCCGUGAGAAAGCUUACAAAGAAGCUACUGAUCUUCAGAGGAAGAGAAAACGGAGAAAUUUGAGUUCUAGCCAACCUAUAGCUUCCAUUCACGGGGCUGUACUUGCUUUAGUUGCUUCCGUUCUGUCAGCACCUUAUGAUAUGCCCAGUUGGUUGCCAGAUCAUGUCACUUUACUUGCUCGUUUUGCUGGAGAACCAACACCGGUGAAAUCUACGGUUACAAAAGCAGUUGCUGAAUUUCGACGAACCCAUGCUGAUACAUGGAACAUUCAGAAAGACUUGUUUACUGAAGAGCAACUUGAGGUUCUGGCUGAUACAUCUUCUUCAUCUUCAUAUUUUGCCUGAUUUACAUUGUAAUUCAUAGUAAAGAGAAUAGAUAUAGUUGUACCACAGUUAAUUGAUAAACAGCAAUACAUUAAUCAUUUAUAACAUUUAUUGUGCCAUAAUUGUUUGUGAUAGCUUUAUUUACACCAUUAUCAUUUUUCAUCACUGCCAAAUUUAUUCCUUCC